AUGAGUACAAGUGAACAAAAAUCAUUUAAUAUGGAUUAUUAACAAAAGUUGACAUUAUCACCUUUGUAAAAGUAUGAGUUAUACAACUAAUUUCCUUGGCAAAUGAUAUUACACACUUUAUUGAUAGUUUUUACUACAAUUCAAGUUCUUAAUGUUUUAGAUCAAUAAACUGCAUAAAGUAGAGCCUAGCAUAUUAUUUUAAAGAACAUUCUACUUGGAUUAGAGGAAGAUAGCGAUGAAUUAUAAUUUUAUAACUUUAAUGACUUUUAAAAAUAGCUACUUACAAUGAUAGACACUCUUAAUGGUUUAGAAGAUAUUUUAUUUUAAAAUGUAAACAUGAGUUUAUCAGAGUUUAAUUUUAAUGUUUUCUAUUCAUAAUUUGAUACUAACAAUGCAAAUUAAACAGUAUUUAAUGUUGACAUAGAUAAAGGAUUUAUAGAACCAUUUGAUAUUAAAGAUUUGCAUUCAAUCAAAAAUUUUAUUGAAGAUGUUUAAAUUAUGGAAUUUUAAGGGAAUAAGAUUUAUAAUUUUAUAAAUUUUAGAGAUAUAGAAGGAGUUGAGUCUUGUACAAAUUGGAAUUUCAAAAUAAUAUAUAAAUUUGAUAAAAUAGGAGUCAUAAAUGCUAGAAUGGAAACAGGUACUAGUAAUUGUCCUGAAGAUCAGAAAAAGUAGAGUGGAUAGGAUUUUCUACUAAUUCAUUUAAUUGUUUUUAUAUUAGGAAGUAUUUCAAUUUACACAACAAUAUAAUAUCUAUAUGAUUUAGGGUCUGAAUACAUGUAUAAUAAACAAAUGUAUAAAGACAUAAAAAAUAUUGUAGAAACAUAACCAUUAAAUGAUUAAUCAGAUAUAAUUUAAUAGGGACCUCAAGUUGGUGUUAAAUUUUCACAAGCUUGGAGGACAGUUAAUUAUUAAUAAGAUGUUAAGGUAUUUAAUAAUUGGUAUAUUUUAAAUGCCUUAGGUGGUUUUUUUUAAGUUGUAGGAGCAACAAUAGCUAUAAUGGAUUAAAUUUUGACAAAUGAUUUAUCGAUUUAUAAAUUUUAAAUUAUGAUGAUGGGAUUUGGUUGUUUUUUAUCUUGGUUAAUGCUUUUAUAAUAUUUGGAAUAUUUUUAAGAUAUAAGUCUUGUGACUUGGACAUUAAAGAAAUCUAGUAAGAAUAUUGCAAUGUUUAUAUUCAGUAUUUUACCAUUUUUUUUUGGAUUUGUAUAUUUGGCUUAGGCUAUAUUUUGGAAGUAUAAUUAUUUCUAAACAACAAUUGAUACUAUUUUAUCAUUGUUUUCUUUAUCAAAUGGAGAUAUUUUAUUAGGUAUUAUGAAAUAAGAUAUAAUUUAGAAUCAUUUAAUUUAGUCAAACCUAUUGGUAUUAUUGGUUAAAUAUACCUUAUUGUUUUUAUGAUAGUGUUUUUUACAGCUGUACAAAGUGUUCUUAUAGCUAUAAUUAUGGAAGGUUAUGAUGAAAUUAAUGCAUAAAGAAAAAGAGAGAAUAAUUAAGAUGAAAAAAUAAAGGAUGAAAUUUUAGAUUAAAUUCAAAAAGAAUAAGAAGAAAUAAGCAAAUCUGUUAGAAAUGAUGAAUAAGAUGAUGAUAAAGAAAUAAUUAUAUCGAAACUAAAUUUAUAUAUGAGAAGAAUAGAUAGAAUGUUAGAAGAUCUUGAUUUGAUGGCAGAUGAAAUUGAAAAUGCAAAUAUAACAAUUAAUGAAAAAGAAUAUUUGUUAAAUGUUUUAAGAGAAAAUAUUGAUAAUAUAUCUAGAAAUGUUAAAUUUUAAAUUAGUAACAUGGAGUCAUGA